CUUCAAGAACCAUUUCUUGAGUCUUUGUUUAGAAACAAAUUUAAAAAAACUAGUCCUAUUUUGUUGUUCUGAAAAUAAAAUAAAAAAUGGAGCAGAAGAUGACGGGUAGCUCAAUGUGGGUUCUAGGGUUAGUAGUUUUGGCACUGAUUGCAAGCCCCGUGAAUGCAAUCUCGUGCGAAGACGCGGCAACGCAGUUGCUUCCGUGUCUGUCGUACUUGGUAGGUGACGGCAACGCAACUGUGCCUGUGCCGUGUUGUGAAGGGGCCCAAGCCUUGAACCGAAUGAUCAGUUCAAAAGAUGAUAGACAAACUCUUUGCGAGUGUUUUAAACAGGCUGCUCCCCAAAUUGGAGUGAAGGUUGAUAGAGCUCAACAACUUGUCAAAACUUGCCAAAUUAGCGUUGGCUUACCCGUUGACUAUAACGUUGAUUGCUCCAAAGUUUGAUGGAUGGCUCUAUGGAAGUUAACGAGCAACGAUGGCAACACAAAGGGAUGGCAACAGUUGAUUAGCGAGCAAGAACAGAGAUUACAUGCUUAAUUGCUUUCGUUUAGUCCAACUUUCUCUACAUGAAUUUGGACAAUUAUCAUAUCAAUGAAUUAAAGUUGUGUUUUAA